UCCAGACCCAAACAAACCUUCAAACCAUACGCACACGCCUCCAAAACAAAACAAACCACUGGCAAACCGCGAUGUCUUUCUCUCAGCUCGGCUAUCCUUACAGCGCGUCCUCUCAGUUCUUCGUCUCGGCCACCUCCAGCACCACUUGUUGCGACUCCGGAUCGCGAUCCGUGUCCGAUGUUUCUACAGGAUCGUCUCAAACGGCCCCCCUCUGCUGCCCGUCUUACGAAAACCGCCUGCUGGCCAGCUCCCGGACGGAUCUCAAUGCGGCGCUGGGCAUGUACGGCUCGCCCUACGCCGCCGCGGCCGGCCAAAGUUACGCCAACUACCUCCCUUACAGCGCGGACCCCUCGACCCUCUACACCACGCUGAACUCUCAAUACGAUUUGAAAGACGGCUCCUCCGCGCUCCACGCGGGAAUUCCGCAGCCCGCGGCCGCCACCGCCUAUUACACCUACGAGCACUCUUUUGGGCAGUACCAGUACGACAGGUAUGGAACGGUGGACUUCAGCAGCUCAGCCAGACGCAAGAAUGCCACUCGAGAGACCACCAGCACUUUGAAGACGUGGCUGUAUGAGCACCGGAAAAACCCCUACCCCACCAAAGGGGAGAAGAUCAUGCUGGCCAUCAUCACCAAGAUGACCCUCACUCAAGUCUCCACCUGGUUCGCCAACGCCCGGCGGCGGCUCAAGAAGGAGAACAAGAUGACCUGGUCUCCCAAAAACAAGGCAGGGGAAGAGAGGAGGGAGGACGAAAGAAGGAAUGGAGAAGACUGUGACAGUGAAAGUGAAGACAAAGAUCUCAAAAGCUGCAAAGAAGACAAGGAGCUACGGUUGAGCGAUAUGGAAGAGUUGGAUGAGGAGGAGCCGGAGAUCAAGGCAGAAGCUGAGCCAAAGCGCCUGCAUGCAGAAGGUCUCCUCGUUGGCAGCAAUACUUUGGCUGAGUCUCAGAAGAGUAACUGCGGCGUCACCCUUGCCAGCCACUUCCAGACUUUCUCCUGUGCCAAGGGGGAUUUGGCAGUCUCAGGGGACUUUCUGAGCCCCAAGGGGUCGGCCAUAGUGAGCAGUCUUGGAACUCAAGGGCAAGGCUACGAAGCCCCAGAGAAGCCCAGGAUCUGGUCUUUAGCUCAUACGGCAGGGGCCAAUGUCAUUGUGGGGCCCAGCUGCAAUCCUGCUCAAAGGACAGAGAGCCCGGACUGCUUGGUGCUUAAGGGAAGGCUCUCUGGGGCUGGAGGACAAUGCAGUGAUGGGAGGCCACUGGGCAGUAUUGUGAGAACGCAGCCCAUUCGUGACAAGGCCUUGGAUGAGUUGACGCAACCGACCAAGAUCUUUAAGAAUUCGGCCUUCAACCUGCAGUCCAUCUCAAUCAACUACGCUUCGUAUCCCAUGCUGGGAGAAACCUGUCAAUAUGCCAGCGGAACUGAAGGUAAUUGGUCCCUGUGA